AUGGUCCCAGCGGAGGCAGUACCUGCAGAGGAGAGGAGUGGCCGGGCUGAGGGCCUCCAGCCGCCCUCAUGGUGGUUCAGGAGGUCUCGCUUUCUGGCCCUAAGCACCUUGGGCAACCAGGCUGUGAGUCCCCCAGUGUUCCCGGGGGAUCCCAAAGUCAGCCUCAGCCUGCUGGGGAACCCAUAUUUCACGCUGCACGACCACGUGCGGGAGGAGGCCCAGAAAUAUCUGCGGGGUCUGCAGGUGAAUGGCAGCCAGCCGAGCACCUUCGUGGGGGUCCACGUGCGCCGGGGGGACUACGUGCACGUCAUGCCGCAGGUGUGGAAGGGCGUGGUGGCCGAUCGGCGAUACCUGGAGCAGGCCCUGGACUGGUUCCGGGCUCGCUACAGCUCUGUCGUCUUCGUCGUCACCAGCAACGGCAUGGCCUGGUGUCAGGAAAACAUCGAUGCCUCCCAUGGCGAUGUGGUGUUUGCUGGCGAUGGCAAAGAGGGCUCGCCCGCCAAGGACUUCGCGCUGCUCACACAGUGUAACCACACCGUCAUGACCAUUGGGACCUUCGGGAUCUGGGCUGCCUACCUGGCGGGUGGAGAGACCAUCUACCUGGCCAAUUACACACUCCCGGACUCUCCCUUCCUCAAAGUCUUUAAACCAGAGGCGGCCUUCCUGCCCGAGUGGAUUGGGAUCCCAGCAGACCUGUCGCCGCUACUCAAGCACUGAUGUUAGCCCAUCUUUGGCGCCUCCUUCUCCUUUCCCGGCUCCCCC